UCAUUGUAAAAAUCCCUUUUCAAAUUACCUUCUCCGUUAUCGUCGGCCUUCAAGACUAUAAAGGCAUGUUUGAGCAAAGGAUGAUGGUUAAAACCCAAAAAACAAAAAGGGAAGAGUUCAUAUAUCUGAUUUGAUAUCGCCGAGACGAAUUGAACACGGGCAGCAGUGCUUAAUCGACCAUAUACUAUUCCCAGGGUUUGAAACGGUGCGCCUCCACUUCUCUUUCUACAAAUACACCAAUAGGAAUAAACAUGAGUGUGACUUCUAGCAUAGUUCCAUCCAUUAUGUAAAGACUUUUUACGGAGCCAUUUUAGCUUUUGAAGCUCAAGUUGCUGGAGUGAAAAUUGAAAUCUCCAAAAAUGGCAUAUUUUGUAUCUCUUGAGAUUUUCUUUUAUGGCCGCUUUAAAUUAACAAAAUAAAAUUAAAAAUAAUUAAAUCCCAAUAAUUUAGGAUCAAAUCCCCUUUCUCUCCAUCCUCAACCUACCCCCCUUCUCUUCUCUUCGUCUUUCCAUUGCCUUUGUCACCACCCAUUCACCUUCACAAGAGCCCCAGCCCUGUAGCACAUAAAUCAACCAAUAAGAAAGACAGAGGUACUUCAAGUUAUCAACCGCCGUCAACCGUCCGCCGGCGAAGUAGUGUCAGUUUCUCGGAGAAGCAGGGAUUUGAGAAGCCGAAUGAUGAAAAAGCCUUGAACUUGAUGAAUGCUUGUGCUAUUAAGGUAUUAGAGAAAUUCUCUGAUGUUAUAUUUGCAUAUGGAUUUAGUGAUGAGUACAGUUUCGUUUUGAAGAAGGAAACCACUUUUUACCAGAGGCGAGCAAGCAAAAUACUCUCCAUUAUUGUGUCUUUCUUCUCAUCUACAUUUGUAACCAAAUGGAAAGAGUUCUUUUCUCAAAAGGACUUAAGUGUGCCUCCAUCAUUCCAUUCACGAGUUAUCAGCUGUGCAUCAAUGGAGGUUCUUCAGGCAUAUCUUCUAUGGAGACAAACAGAAUGUCAUACAAGCAAUCUAUACAAUACUUGUUUGUGGAAGUUGGUGGUUUCUGGAAAGUCAGAAAAGGAGGCCAAAGAGAUUCUUAAGGUGCUUACUUAAGUUUUGCAAUAAAAACUCGAAUUAUUUCCUCAAUACAGUGACAUGCUUAAGAUUUACGA